AAACAAUUAGAGACUGGUCGGCGACAGUUAUAGCCCCAGAUGAACAAAUUAAAGAUGAGAAGGGAUUGAAGCUCGAGAUGCCUGUCUCGCUAUAACACCAACCGUGACUAGCCGCAAUCGACUCGGGCGAGGACUAGAGGGGACUCUGGAUUUCCUCGAGUAUGUAGCUUAACAGGGGUAGUGAUCUCUAUGGUUACAGGAGAGAGGGACGUAUAAGUGCGAGGAAGAGACAGAGAUAAAUACUAUCCAUACAGUUGGUUCUCCAAUAACUUUUUCUGGAACAAGGGAGCGACCCGGAUGCAGUCCUGGGACAUCAGCGGAGGAGGAGCAGGCUGCUGCUCGGUUCCAACGCGAGGCCCCACCGAAGUGCUGCGCGCUCGCGACGCUGCCGUAGUUGUUGCUGUGCGAUCGAGCGAUUAACAAGGCAGGGCGACACUUCUAUGAAGAUUCAUGAAGCUUUCUAUUUGUAGCUAGAUGAGGGAGGAGGGGGUCGGCCAUGUUGACCAGGUGAGAUCAGCCUGACUGACUCGAAGCUGGAGAGCCAAUCAGGAACCUCCAUGGCAGGAUCUGGAUCUAGGGGAGAGAUGGAGCACUAAGAAGCCAUGGGAAGCUGCUGUAGCUGUCCUGACACACACUCCCUCUCAGACAAUCAUCACAGCAAGUUCAAGGUGAUCAACGUGGAUGACGAUGGCAAUGAGCUGGGCUCAGGAGUGAUGGAGCUGACGGAUGAGGAGCUGAUCUUGCACACGCGCCGACGCGAGCCCGUCAACUGGCCCUACCUGUGCCUGCGUCGCUAUGGCUGCGACUCCAACCUCUUCUCCUUCGAAAGUGGCAGGCGCUGCCAGACUGGACAGGGGAUCUUUGCGUUCAAGUGUGUGCGCGCCGAGGAGAUCUUCAACAUGCUGCAGGAGACCAUGCACAGUAACAGCAUCAGUGUGGUAGAGGAGGCAGUCCUGGAACCUGGCCAGGGCCCCCUGGACCCCGACGCCCCACGCACGCCUCGCACGCCCACCACUCCGGGAUACUCAGUACCUACGGUAGCCAAUGUCAUUGCUCGCUACCCGUCGUUUGGCGAGGCCUCCUCCCGCCCUUCCAGUCGCCACCCGUCUAUAGGCAGCGCCAGACUGCCCUCUGUUGGCGAGGAGGCCACACACCCUCUACUGGUCACCGACGACCCGGUCCACACGUACGUAAACACUUCAGGUGUUCAGGAAGACCGACGCUCGCGACCCUCCAGCCACACCCCUUUGGAACUUUGGCUGCCCAAUCCGGACAGCUCCUCCGCCACUCCAGCCAAUCAAGGGACAGAGGUGGAGCCCCAGGUAGUUCUGGAGGGGGAGAGUGUGAAGUUUGUCCUGGGACCCACUCCUGUCCAGAGACAGAAACAGAGACGGGUAGGUGACAGAGAGACUGGGGCUGGCCCUGGAGGAGUGGAGCCUGGGGCUGGAGUUGGAGCCGGAGGUACGGAGGAUGGGGCUGGGCAGAGGGACAGGGAAAGGGAGCCAGGGCCUGGGCUAGGGAAUGAGAGUCUGGAGCCAAACGGCCCCAACGACUGUGUGACCCAGUCAGCCGAAUGUGACACGGGUUACGACAGUGACGAGCGCAAGGACGCCCCUCCCCCUCCGCCGCUUCCCCCCCAAUCAAGCGCCAAGCUCUCUUACGAGCACCACAACGGCACCAGUCACGUGUCCACUCCCGCCCCCUUCUCCGUGCCUAACCCCGCCCCCCGACGCAACCACCCCGCCCUCCCUUCCCCCGACUUCUCCCACAACGCCAACAACUCCGCCCAGCGGCGGACGGCGCUCCUGAAUUACGAGAACCUCCCGUCUCUCCCACCGGUCUGGGAGACGCCCAAGCGCUUCUCGGCGGGAGAGGACGAGGAGGACGAGGAGGAGGACGAGGACGAGGAGUCGUACGGACGACCAAAGACUCUCAAUGGCUACCACCGCCGCCUUCACCAUCGUCCUCACCACCACCACCACCACCAUCCACUCCAGCACCCCCUACUGGACCCCAUGCAUAACUACGUCAACACGGAGAACGUGACCAUGCCGCUCAGCGCCAAGCUGGACUCGGCCCGUCUCCCCCGCAGGGAGGGGGGCGGGGGGGGGGGCGCGGGGCCGGGGACGCCCACCGUCUUUAACUUUGACUUCCGGGGGGCGGGGGGGCUGGACCCUCUCAGGCAGCUGAACUACAUUGAGGUGGAGAUGGAGAAGGGUUCGGACUCCAGCGGGCCUCACACCCCCAAGACCCCCACCACCCCCCUGCUGGGGCCCCCGCCCCCCCCCGCCCGCCGCACGGAGCUGUACGCCGUCAUUGACAUUGAGCGCACGGCGGCCAUGUCCAGCCUGCAGAAAGCGCUGCCCCGCGACGACGGAACGUCCCGGAAAACCCGACACAACAGCACUGACCUACCCAUGUGACUUGAUGCCCGGUCAUGUGACUGGGGCCACGAAGCACUGUCUUAAUCCUCACUCUCCACCUCCCCCACUCUUUAUUUCACUUUCUCUCCAUUCUCUCCUUCUUACCCACUGUCGGAUUACCUCACAAUCUCCCCUUCUUUCUCCCUGUCUCUUCAUCUCCCAUACUGUCUCCCCCUCCCACACUCUCCUUCCUUCUGUUUUCUUUCCCAUCUUCCCCUGUUCUCCACCCUCACACAUACACACCCAUACACACACAAUGCUGUUGAAGGAUGCAGGUGGCUGCCACAUAUAUUCUAUUGCAAACUGUAAUGUGUGAAGUGAACGCAGCAGUCUUAACUUCCAGCUUGGCUCCGGUGUGUCCCUGAGAGCCAGACUAGGGCCGCUACCGUUCCUGUGGCCAGGGAACAGGGCCUUUAAAAAGAGCGAACUGCACCUUUUAAUUCAAUGCCUGUGUCUAAUUGGCAGAUUGACAACCAGACCAGGCCAAUAAUAAAGACUCUUUGCGAAUGAACCUUACCAUUGGUUUAUCACACUCCCGGUACGAGUACUGAUUUGAGUACUGAUAAAUAUUAGUUCCAGACUUAUAUAAAAAAUAAUGUACUUGCUGGUAUUUACAUAUUUUACAUUGUACACAUCUAGUCACUUUAGCCCCGUACGUACAGGACACUGUCUUAGAGGCAGACUAGGGUCAAAACACAGAAGUGAAAUACUUAUAUUUGAUGUGUGUUUUAUUUACCUCUGUUUGCACUUUUGGGACUGUACCUUUGGUGCCAUUGCACUUCUGUGAACGAAAGCUUUGACUUCUCGUCUCAAGUUCACCGUAAGUAUUUGCAAAUAUUAUUUGACCCUGGUCCGCUAACAGACGAGUCCUUGUUAUCUUAACGACAACAAACAACAAUUGUUUACUGAGCUCUGCAGUCAUAAACAACUACAGUCCUAGUUCCAAAGUUCUUCACCUUGCUACCCAUGCAGUUGUAUUAUAUUGUAAAAUGUAUUAUAUGUUCUAACUUGCUCUAUAUUUUUUCUACCAAGUUUUAAAAAUCAUAAAUGAAUAAAUAUAGUAAUUGUACAAAGAAGUAGUUUACUAGAUAAUGUUUUUUAAACAAAUGAAACAUUUAGGGGAGCAUGCCAUCCCUCACUGCCAAAUGUAAUUUCCCAGCCUGUGAUUGGUUACUGAAAGUUGAAACUGGUCAUUGAUUGGUCAGUGAGAGAAUCGAUUACCUAAAUGUUCCCAAUUCCCCCAUUCUGAUUGGCUCAGCCACCCAGACGCAGCACUAAGUGGUGAUCAGUGAACAACUGCAUUUACUGUGUACAAUAAAAGCCACAAAUAUUGUACAUUUUUAUUGAAACUGAUUUUGAUAUUCGCAUUUUUCAGGUAUGGAUAUAAGUUUACCAGAAAGUUUGUAUUUUUUGGAAAUGAGGAAGAAGCAUACUGUGUAUUUUGUCAUAUUCUACAUCUUUCCUUCUAUGCCAUCAGUGCCAAAACACACUUUUUUUUGUAGCAUGGCAAAAUAAUAAUAAAAACAAGGAACUAAUGUGUCCUGAGA